AUGGAGGAUGUUCUUUUUGCCGAUGCAUCCAAAGUUAAAAUGGAAAUUGAUGAUGGUGAAGGAGAUGGAAUGGGUGAAAUGCCAUCAGGAUUUGAGGGAACUCCUGAAGAUGAAGAUAUGAAAAAAGUGGAGGACGAAAAUCGAAUGGCUGAUAUGAUGGAAUUGAAAGAAGUCAGAAAUCGAAGGAAAAAUGGGCUGCAUCGAAAAGAUUCAGAAGAUAGUUCAAAUGGCUCAAGGUUUGUUGCACUUACGCUCUAUUGAUAAAUUGAUUUGGAUUUGAUUUUUUGAGGACAUUUUUAGGUUUUCUAGGCCAUAUCGGUUCUCUUCAAAGAGUCACAAAAUCUCGGAUUAAAUUUAAAUCCACAUAAUUUUCUUUAGAAACGAUGCGGAAUAUUUGAAAAAAGAAAAAGUCGAACUAAAAACCUUUGGACUUUCAUCUCGACCUCGUCGAUCAGUGAAUUAUGCAAGCAUUGAAAGAGGCGAUGAAGCAACAGCUCAAUCACUUCUCACCGAAUUCACAUCAACCACCAAAAAACGGGGAAAACGAACGAGAGAUGAGUUGGAUGAGAAUUAUGAGGAUGAACCCGAAAAAUGUGUGAAGCCACCGAAAAAACAACCCGUUUCACAUUUGAGAUAUCAUGCGGCGGUUAAUCGAGUGACAAUUGCGAAGAAUAUUGGACAAAAGGUAACAUGCGCUCUAUUUGAUAACCCGUUUUUGAAAAUUUUUUUCAUAGAAAAAAAACAAUUGCGCUCUAUUGAUAAUCAUAUUUUCUCUUAGAAAUUUCGUAAAGAUCCACUUUUUUCUUGGAAAAUAUUGCAAAAGCGCUCCAUUGAUAAAUAUAUUGAGUAUGUUUUUCGUGUGAAUUUCAAUUUUUAAAUCAUCUGGUUCUACAAUUGUAUUUGCGCCCUACUGAUAAUCUUUAAUUUUCAAUAAAAAUUCAAAUUUUUCAGUACGAAACCGAACUCGCCAAACUUCUACCAAAAGUCGACGCCGAAAGACCAUCAAUAGAAUCGAGAUCAACUUGGAGCACUCUAGAUAAUGAGCCAACAAUCAGAAAAUCAUCAGGAGGAUUCCGAAGAUUUUUAGCAUGGAUGAGCGAUGAAUUAAUUACCAAAUUAGCUGUUUUCAUCGAAGAGAACUUCAAAUUGGAAGCCGAAACAGAUGUGGAAAAAAUGUGCAAAGUUGUGAGACAUGCAUGGAAUUCGCAAUCAAAAAAAUUGCGAAAAUCAUGGGAAAAAACAGCAAAAUUAGAUGCUUAUGAAUCAUUUAAACUUAUUGGAGGAGCAACUUUACCAUUGAGUGAAAUUCCGGGAGAAUCAAAAUUGGAAAAAGAGCAGAGAAGAUCUAAGAAACAUCAGGGAGCUGAUUGUUGUGAAUUGAAACCAGUUUUCAAUACAAUUCAAGAUGUUGUUUCACAUUAUUUAUCAUCUCAUGAUUCCGUUCACUUUUAUGGUUGUCAUUUUUGUUUUUCGAUUUAUACAAGUUUAUCCGAAUUUCGAUCACAUUCUUGCGAAGCAUUUGCAACUUAUGUUUUAUCAUUGACAAUGAGCGGAGAAAUGAUGGAACCAAAAACGGCUUAUUGUUUUUUGAGUUGUUCGGAUUGUGGAUUAUGGUUGCCUUUGAGAAUGAAAAUGGGACAGAAAUGUUGGCCAUAUUUUAGGUGAGGAGAAAUUUAGAAAUGGGAUUGGAAAAAGUUUGAUUUUUAAAGUUUUUUUCUGAAAAUGCACACUUUUGAAAAAAAAAAUUGUGAGUUUUUUGAGAAAGAUUUUUCACCAAAAAAAUUAGAUUAUAAAAAAUUAUGAUUUGAAUUACACUGACUUUUUUUAAAGCAAAAAAUUCUCAAAAAAUUUUCUUUAAGAAAAACUCCCGAAAUGUUUUCUUUUCUUCAAUAAUUUCCCCAAUUUUUGCAGUGCUGCAAUUCUUGCUCAUCCUUGCAAAACACUUGUUCCAAUUUUGAUUUAUUUCCCCGACGAAGUCAAGGAUCCAAAUCAAGUUCGCCUAUCUUUUAAUGUUCUUCCAAGAUUAUCAAUUCGAGUUCCACAAUCAUGCGAAACCUGUGAAAUUCCUGAAUUUUCUUCGAUUUCAGCUUGUGAAGAACAUUUUAAAACAUCUGAAAAUCACAAAGAAACGCUGAAAAGAUGUGGAAGAUGUGAAGAAACAUUUGGAACUGAUUGGGCAUUUCGUCUUCACGUUGUUCAACAUUUCAAUCAUUCAUUAUUAUUUGCGAAUUAUUUGAAAUAUUCGGCAACAUUUCAUCCACCACAAUUCUCAAAAAGACCACUUCAUUUUGGAAUUGAUAAACGCGAUAUAAUUGUUGGAGGAUUUGAUGCAAAUUUUAGUGAUGAAGUUGAAUGCGUUGAAAAAUAUACAUUUGACGAAUUUGUCGAACCAUAUGAAAAUAUGAUUAAAUCGAAAUUGAGAAUUGUUAUUGAUGAGGGAAAAACUGGACAUAGUCGAAGUGCAACUCCUUAUUCAGAAUCUGACAGUUCUUGUUCUUCUAGUAGCUCAAGAUCUGAAAUUAUUAGAAAAUCGGAUAAAGUUAUACGAAGUGAUUUGGGAUAUGAACAUAUUGAUUUUUCGGAGUAUUUUGAUGAUUCGGACAAACAGAAAGAGGCAAAAAAGAAGUGUCGACAUGUUAUUGAUACGGUAUGUGAGGGAAUGUUCUGGGUGGGAAAACACUAGAAUUUUUGCUCAGAUUAAGCUCAUAUUAGAAAAAUAGCCAGAAAUCAUAGGAUUGCUCAUAUUAGUCGAGUUUUUAUUUCAUAACAAAAUAGAAUUGCUCAUGUUAGAAGAAAUAUCCGAAAAGAAUAGCAUUACUCAUAUUUCGAUGAAUCAAUUUUUCCAGAAACUCGAUAAAAUGUUCUUGAAUGGUGAAAGACUGGUUACACCACAUUUGGUAUUAGAAAUGAUGGGAACAAGCGAUGAAAAAGAGGUUGGUUUAAAAAAAAAUUUCUUCUAGAAAGUCGAAGAUCCCCGAAAAUUUAUUGAUUUUCAUGAUUUCUUCAUGAGAAAUCCUAUUUUUAGAGGGUAUAUUAUCGCGAAGCGAAUUAUUUAAAAGCAGUCGAGUAGUACUUUCCAUAACUCGGCAUUUUAUAAAAGUUGUGGUCUUUUUUACUCGAACAUGGAAAAUAUUUGAGAAAAUAAUAUUUUGGCACUUAUGAAUUUUAAUGAUCUCAAAAAUUGCCUAUGUUUUUUUUCAAAAUAAAAAUCAUUAAUUUUCUUGUUUCAGACCCUCGAUAUGAAUAUUGCCGAAGAUCCAUUGGCUCUUGAAUUCAGUCAACAAUUUUUGAGACAAGUUGAUCUUCCUCUCGCUUCGUGUAUCGAUCCAUUAAAGGAUUUUCUGUUGUUCAAUAAGAUGUGAGUUUUUUCUUGAGAAAAAACAGUGCGAUUAUUGCAGAAAUGGGCGGGGAUUAUGGUGUAAUUGUUUUUGAACAGAAACUUUGUUUUUUUUUUUGCUCAUUGCUCAUAUUAAAUCACAUUUCAAUCUUUCACCCUAAAGUUCUCGCAUUGCUCAUAAUAAACUAACAGUCAUAUAUAUUAUUUCCAGCUAUUAUUAUUGCCCUGAUUGCAAAGUUGUCUUCUCCGGUGAUAUUGAACUUCACGAUAAAUCAUGCUCCGAUAAAAUCAUCGAACUUUUCCAUCCAACAAGUUCAGCAUCGAGAGGAAUCAAAUGUAUUGAUCCGAAUUGUGAAGAAAGAUUAUGUUCAGCAAUCUCAUUAAGAUGUCAUGUUGCUUUAAGACACGGGUUAUUUAUUAAUUAUGAAAUGGCUCAAACAAGUGAAAAACGAUAUGAUUAUUCGAUAACGGCAAUAUCGAAACAUUAUGAAUUUUUGAAAAAUGAUGGAAGAAGUCGAAUGGCACGAUUUACUGAUGCAGAUAUUGGAAUGCCAAUUGAUGGAUUAUUAGUGAAACGAGAUGAUUCGAAGAUUUUCAAUGGAAUUGUUGAAGAAGUUGAUUUAGAAAUAAUAAAACCGGUUGUUGAAGGAGCACUGAAUUUUGAUUGUGUUUGGUGUACAUAUUCCACUCAACAUUUGACACAUUUUCAAAUUCAUUUGGGAAAAUAUCAUUUAUUUCCAUGUGAUCGAUGUGGAAAAUCAUUUGCGAAUAAACAACUUCAUCGAUUACAUCCAUGUGAUCGAAGAUUUGCAAAAGAAACUUGGUCGCCUGAUAUGACAAUUUGUGGAAGUUGUCCAUUUUGUGAUUCGCGAUUUUCUGUUACCAUGUUGCAAGCGCAUAUUUUGAAAUCACAUUAUCAAAAUGUUCGAUUUGUCAAAGGAACUGGACAAUUUUAUCCUGUUGGUGAGAAUUUGCGAUUUGAGAAACCGGAAAGAAGAAGUCCGGCACCAAUGGUUAGAAUAGAAGCAACGAAUGGAGUUGGAAAAGAAAUGAGAGCAACUGAAAGAAUGAAAAUUAUCAAAUGGUAAGAUUUUUAUUGUUUACUCAAAAAUACAAUUCACAAUUAUUUUUGAGAAAAAAACCUUUAAAAUUUUGAGAAAAAUUCAUUUUUUGACACAAAAAUCUUGAAAAUUUGUUAAAAUCCACGCUUUCUUCCAGUGACCAAAGACCAGCAAGUGAUGGAAUUCUAAUGAAUGGAACUCAAUUGGUUGCUCCACCAGUUGGCUCAUAUUUAUAUUCUCCACCAAGUCGAAAUUCAGCCGAUCUUCGCCUAACUUGUUAUUUGUGUGAAAUGGCAUUUUCGUCAACACAACAAUUGGAUGAACAUUUGGAUAAACAUCCCGAAAAAUGGUCGAAAUGCCCCUUUUGUGAGUUUGAAAAAACAUUUUGAGAUUGCGAAUUCUGAAGAAAAUUUUCAUUAUUUUAUAGACCUUUCCGAAAUAUUUAAAUUAGAAUCAGGCAUUGCUCAUGUUAGAAAAUUUUCAAAAGUGUUCAUUUUUUCGAGAACAAACUUGAAAAUCAUUGCUCAUAUUAUGUGUCCUUUUUUUAGGUCGCCAAACCAUUCGUGGUCACUACGAUAUGCAAAAACAUCUUCUUCAUUCUCACAUGGUUCGAACAACCAACGCAAUGGUCUGUGAAUAUUGUCAAAUUGCCUCAAUUCGAUCUCCUUGUGCUCAUCUCAUUUAUCAAUGUCGUCGUCUUCCAAAUUGUGGAAUUUGUGGAAUUCCAAUAAGAUCUUAUGAUGUUCAAGUCAAUCAUAUGACAGCACAUCAUACAAAUGAACUUCGACGAAUUCAAUGCUCAUUUUGUGCUCAAGUUUUCAUCACAAUGACCGAAUUCUAUGAUCAUAUUUGUCAUAUGUCUGCUAAUUUGCAAUCUUGUGCAUGCAGUUCCUCCAAAAUAUUCCAAACUAUCAAUGAUUUUUGUGAUCAUUUCGAUGCAAAUCAUAUUCAAUCAAAUCUUACCUGUGGAAUCUGUCGAGUUUCUUGUCAUUCACCUGCAAAUCUGGCAAAACAUCGAAUGAGUCAUAUGCAUGCGGUUAGUGCAACAUUAUUACGCAAAGUUUAUUUGUUACCAAAAUGGAUGCAUCCGCAAACACGGAGUGUUGUUGCAAAUUGGGGAAGGAUUCCUGCGGCAUCUGUUGUGCCAAGACCUUCUGUUGUGUUAUCGAAACCAAAUCCAAAUCCGAUCAAAAAAUUGGGUGAAAUUACGGGAGGAAGAAGUGUUGCUCAUGUUGUUCAACAAAAUGGUGCAACUUUGAAUGAUAAACUUCAAGCACUUUUCGAACAUAGUUCUCCACCAAAACCUGCUCAAGUCACUGAAAUAAUUGAUGACGAUGACGAUGAUGAUAUUGUAUUUGAGGGAACUUCGAGUCCAGCGCCAGCUCCGAUUUCAAAAACACCCCCAACUCAAGCAAAUGCAGCUGUUCGAAUUGAAUUGGAUGAUCAUGGUGCAAGUUCGGCUGGACAAGGACAACCUGGAUAUGUUGAAGAUGAUGAUGAGAUUGAGUUGGUCGAAGCAUCAGCAGGAGGAUCUAAUGGAAUAGAGAAAGAAAAAGGACCGGAGGAAGUAGUUAAGAAGAUUCGUGAAGUUGAAGAUCCGGAUGCGGAUGAUGAAUUGGCAGUGGUUGCGGAAGUUGAAAAGUUAGUUGAGGAAGGGGGAGUUUUAGGGAGCUCAGCAAUUCUGGGAAGGUUUUGCUACUUCACCCUUGCUAUAAAGCUACGCGGAAACACGGACUCGUUCAAACCUCGAUUUUUUGCAGCAUAUCCGGCUUGACAUCAUCCACAAUCGCCUCAACAUCCCGUGAAAAACGCUUCAAAUGUCCAAAAUGUUCAUCUGCUUUUAUGACAAAAGCAUCACUCAACAAACAUUUCGAAUCUCAUCGAUCUGAUGCUGGAUCAUCUACAUCAACUGACACUUUUGGAUUACCAUUAAUCACGAAUGCUUAUAUUUGUCGAAGUUGUUGUUUGGCUUUUGAAUCGAGGAAAAAGUAUACACAACAUGUGGUUAGUUUUCGUGGUUUUUUGCAAUCGAAAAAAAUCCAAUUCAUUUCUUUUCCAGGCGGUUCACGGCGAUACUCAAUUACCUUGCAAACAUUGUAGCGGAAUCGCUUUCAAUUCUUCAAUUAUUCAUCAACAUUUAAAGGGACAUGAACAGAAAACAGUAUAUUAUGCGUGCGGAACUUGUCGUCUUCGAUUUUAUUCCGAUUCGCAUUUAUAUGAACAUCUAUCGAGUUCACAUGGUGUUGAUUUGUUCUUUUUCUGCAAACUUUGUGGAUUUGGACACACGAAUUUGGAUAAAGUGUUUUUGCAUGUGAGAACGAAUCAUCCCAGCGAUUAUGUGAGUUUUUAGAGAUUUUCUAGAUUAACAAAAUUGGAAUUCUAGGUCAUCUCUAGGAUUUCUUUGAAAAAGGCUUGUCCUGAAAUUCCAGGUCGAAAUUUUUCAUAAAGCAAUUUACAGAGUGAAAUUUUUUUUAUUCUUAAUUUUCUCGUAGAGUCAAUAGAAUUGAAAAUUUAGCUUGAAACUUUAACUUUUGUAAACCACGAUUUUGGUAUAAAAUAGAUGUCCAAAAAAAUCUCAAUCUUUUUGCAGACAAUAUCUCAACGAAUCGGUUGUUGUCCAACAACAUUGCUCAAUUUCGAGCCAAUCGAUCCAGUUGCCUUCAAAAAAGAUGUGAACGCGGGAAAAUUGAAAUGCUACGAACCAUCCGAUUGUUCUCAUCGCUCUCUUUUGCUCUCAAAUGAUGCUCUCGUUUCAUGCACUCAAUGUCAUUGUACACAAUCUCUUCAUUCAUAUGUCGCUUAUAAUACCAAACCCGAUGCGCCCAACAAUUCCCUGUCAUUCAUUUAUUCCGAACCGCGAUCGUUGAAACAUCAAGAAUUUGCGUUGUUUAAUUUUUUGAGUGAUGAAAGUAUGAAGACUAUGAUGAUGUCAGGUAAUUGUGUGCCAAGAUUGGAGGGAACAAAUGGAAGUGGAGGAGCACCUCAUAUCAGAAUGCCUGUGUUAGUUUUGAGAGGACUGGUUAUCUAGUUCCUCCCUUCUCUUCCCCCUAAAUCAUCUCAUUUUUUUUUUUUCAGAAAUCGUCAAACUCUUUCCCAACGAGCAAAUGAGAUUCGUGUUGGUUCUGGAACUCGAAUUCUUCGACCCGUUGGAACAAUUCCAUCAUCUUCUUCUCAACAAUUAAUGACACCAAGUGGCGCUAAAAUAGUCGCAAUUCAACGACCAAUAAAUCGAAUUGGAAUGCCGAAUCGAGUUAUCACAAAUCGAACACCUGGAGUUGGUGUAACUCAAAGACCAGUAAUUCGAACCGGCGAAGAAAUCACAUUUGGAGCUGAUGGAUUACCGAAAUUAGGAGGCGGUGCAGUCAAGGAUACUUGUACAAUUUGUAGCCGAGUUUUGCAUAAUGAAUAUGAUCGAUCAAAACAUAAAAUGCACUUGGAUUUGGCUAAUAAAUGGUACUGUAGUCGAUGUGGAUUUGUGGCACAAACUGAAAAUCAAAUGAUGUUGCAUUAUUAUAAACAACAUAUUGCCGAAAUUGUAGCAUCAGAUUCGUCACUUCGCCCGCUUUCUUUUGAUUUGAUAUGUCCAAAUUGUAAUAUUGCACCAUUUUCGAGUCUCAAAUCGUUUGAAAGGCAUUUGAAAACUCACGACGAUGUAUUGUGUCACGAGGCAGAAAUGUGUGGAACACGAUUUGCGACUGAAAGACGAAGAGAUGAACAUGAUCGAAUUCAUCGAGAACAUGAAGCAGAAAAUGGAGGAUGUGAUGCGACUUGUUGUCCGAUUUGUGGAACAUUGGAUAAUUGGACUAUGGCUAGAGAUGUAGGAUUUUUAAGGGCGCGGGAAAAAUAGCAACUUUUGAGUCGAAAUUUGGGGCUGGAAAUAGAUCAAACAUUUUCUAUUUAUAACUCAAAAGUUAUGAAUUCUAUGUUCAUAAAAUUUUUAAAUUUCGAAAUCCACGGGGCAGAGAAAGUUAAAAAAAAACCUUGAGCUCAAAAAAUUAUGAAAUCAAAAUUAUAAUUUUUCACUGUUUCAAAUAUUUUAUAGAAUUAGGAAGGUUUAGGAAAUUUGAUCUCAAACAUCUUAUGCUUGGAACAUGUUAUUAAAGCGCUCAGUUUAAAAUAAAUCAAAAUCCACGUGGAGAAUAUUUUUUUAAAACUUCAAUUCUAUUUCAAAAAAAAAUUUGGCACAGAAAAAUUAUCAAAAAAAAUUUGAGCCCUCAAAUCUUUUCAAAAUUCUUCUAAAAAUCUCCACAUUUUCAGCCAACAAUACCAUUCAUUUUAUCACAUGUUUCCCGCCACGGAUUGGAUUAUUUCACGUGUUGUCGAAUAUGUUUCGAACAAUUUCCAGAUGACAAUUCGGUUAGUUGUUUUUUUCGGCUGAAAGUUUUCCAUUUUUCAACUUCUUUUUUUUCCAGGGUUCAAAUUUGAUAAGCCACUUCAAAUUGCGACAUUUGAAACAUAUUGGAGCGAAUUCGAUGACUUGCAAUUGUGGAGAGACCAAUUUGGGAAUUGCACAAUUGAGAUCUCAUGUGGUUGAUAAACAUUUGGUGAGUUUUUAAUAAUUAAUCCUGCUCUGCAAACACUGUGGCGUAAAUAUGCACAGAAUAUUUGAAUUUUCAAAUUUCGCGCCUUCAAAAAAUUGCCACGUAGCACCUGAUUAGCAAAUAAUUAAUUAAUUUGCAGUUCCACAUUGUCCGCCAAAAUCCAAACCAUAAAACGGGUUUAAUUGUUCGCGCCGGUGAUCAAUUAAAUAAUUAUAUUGGAACUGGCAAACAUAUUACUGUUCGAGAAGCAAUUGCCAGAGGACAAAUUGAUUAA